AUGGUUGAUUACUACCAAACACUGGACAUCCCUCAAACUGCCUCCUCAGAUGACAUUAAGAAGGCGUACAGGAAGAAUGCACUGAAAUGGCACCCAGACAAAAACCCAGGGAAUAAGGAACAAGCGGAGAAGAAAUUCAAGGAGAUAGCAGAAGCAUAUGAAGUGCUAUCAGACAGUGGGACUGGCCUCCUCUUGUUCCUAUUUCUGGCAGGUUAUAAGCGGGACCUUUAUGACCUCUACGGACUCGAGGGGCUGAUGGGACUAAGCACAGGUGCUGGGGUUUUUCCGAGCGCCACUGAGACUCCGGACUUCAUGUUCACCUUCCGUGAUGCAGAUGAGGUCUUCAGAGAGUUUUUCGAAGGACAAGAUCCCUUCAACGAAUUCUGUGAGGAGUUGUCCCCAUAUACAGCUCUUCAAGGAGGAAUACCCCAGUGGGUUGCGCCAGGCUGCACCACCUACUCCUAUUGCUCCUACAGCUCUCCAUUCCAGACAGAUUUCUUCACUACGUUUGGGCCUGGUGCUGAAUUAGGAAUAGGCUUCUGCUCUGUCUCCACAUCUACUAAGUACAUCAACGGCAAACGGAUAACCACCAGGAGGAUCCUUGAGAAUGGGCAGGAGAGAAUGGAGAUUGACGCGGACGGGGAGCUCAAAGUGGAAGAAGUGUGUGACCUCACCAACAAUGACAUGAAGGCCACGGUGGAGCUCAUCCAGCCAGAGCAACGCGAGAUCCUGCGCUCGUCUGCUACGGACAUCCCGACUCCGCCACGCCCACAGAGCGCAGGGUUCUCUUGCGCCCACCCUGACGACGAAGACAAGGAGCUGCAUCGGGCCACCCUGGCCUACAGCCUGUCUGAGAUGGAGACCUUGGGGCAGCAGCACCUGGCAGGCGCCGCCCGAGACAGCUCCAGGAAGAGGCGAGGCGGCACUUGGCGGGCACACAAAAGGACGCCAGGGCUCAGCGAGGAAGUGGCGGGUGCUCCCUUUCCCAUUAGAGCCAGGAGCCCGGGUGCAGGAGACAGCACAAAGGAAGACAAGCCAGCAGAAGGCCCAAAGGGCAGAGGCUGCACUGAAGAACCGGAGAAGCAGCAGCUCGCCUUGCCGGCGGCCCCUGAAGAGAAUGACUCGGUCCUCAAUGACAUGCGGUAUGUCUUCCCCGACAUUAUCCCUUCCCACAGGGAGAGGGAAUCCAUCAUGUGCACUGUCCUCUGA